AUGAACAAUAUAAAAGGGAAUCAUCGAAUCUACGAGUUAGUGGUAUAUUUUCUUUCUUCUACCACAGCGUCUACUGUCCAUGCUUCUCAGAAAAGAGUAACUACUCACCGUGCUUCCAAGAGCACAGCGACUAUUCCUAGUGCUUCCCAGACCACGGUGAGUACACCCGGUACUUCCCAAACCACAGCGAGCCACAGUGACGACUUCCCUUCCUUAAAAGACCCGAGCGACUAUUUCCCGUGCUUCCCAGUUUACAGCGUCUACUGCCCAUUCUUCAGAGCCCAUAGCGACCGCUUGUCGAGUUUCCUAGUCCACGGCGACUACUCACCUUGCUUCCAGGGCCACACUUCCCAGACACUAGGGACUACUCUCCUUGCUUCCCAGACUACAGUGACUACUCAUCGUUUUUCUCAGACCACAGCGAACGCUCCACAAGAUUCUCAGAAUAGAGCGACUACACAUAUUGCUUUCCGGACCACAGUGACUACUCUCCAUGCUUCCCAGACCACAAUGAUUAUUCUCCGUGCUUCCCAGAUCACACCAACUAUUCCCCUGCUACCCUGGCUACAGCAAAUAUUUCUCGUGGUUCACAAUCCCACCAUCUGCUCCUCAUACUUCCCAGACAACAGCGACUACUCAUCGUUCUUCCCAAACAACACUUACCAAUCCUUGUUCUUCCCAGACCACGGCGACUAUUUCCCGUGCUACCCAGACCACAGCGACUAUUCCUCAUGCUUGCAGCACAGCGACUGCUCCUUGUGCUUCCCAGAACACAGCGAUUAUUCCCCGUGUUUCCCAGACCACAAUAAUUAUUCCUUCAGUUUUCCAGACACCAGUGACUGCUCUUCGCACUUCCCAGACAACAAGUUACUACUCACCGUUCUUCCUAGACACCAGCGACUGAUCUUUACGCUUCCCAGACUACAGUGA